AUGGGGCCUCUAGCAUGGACAGUGUUCUUGUGCAUCGUCAGCAGUGCUAGAUCGGGUGACACGAUUUUCGACGAAACUGAUUCUGACGCACCAUCUACUGCUGGCUUUUCUGGAUAUGCUUUCGAGAUGCUCAUGGCAAAGCUAGAUCACAUGCAGCACAGUGUUCUGGAACUACAGACCGAAUUGGCGAAGCAGCGGGAAGAGCAAGCUGACAGCAAGGCGCCCAUGACCGAGGGACUAGACCACAUGCAGCACAGUUUUCUGGAGCUACAGACCGAAUUGGCCAAGCACCGGGAAGAAGCUGCGCAAAGCCAAAAUAACAAUGACAAAAGCCUGGUCGAUAUUAAGAGGGCUGUGCAGAACAAUUUCGAUUCGAUGCGUCGAUUGGAGGAUAAUGUUGGACGCAACUUUACUCUCCUACAGGACCGAUCAUGGCAGAUCUUUGCGCUACAAGCUACGCAUACUGCAAUGAAGACCAAUCUUCGUUCAUAUGUACCCUAUCGCUCGUGCAGUGACAUUCGGAAUGCACAGUCUGGGGCAUAUAUUAUCCAGGCGAACGAUGAAAGCAACCCUUUUAUGGCGUACUGUGAGCGGGAUAUGAUGGGUAUAGGCAUCUGGUUGGUGAUACAGCACCGAUUCGAUGGAUCGCUGGACUUCUAUCGCAACUGGACCGAAUAUCGGAAUGGUUUUGGUGACAUUGAAAAGGAGUUCUGGAUCGGACUGGAACGACUACAUCAGCUGACAUCGGGGCGACCCCAUGAACUAAUGGUUGAGCUGAGAGACUUUAAGGGGAAUUAUAAAUUUGCACUCUACAGCGCAUUCGAGGUCGGCAAUGAAACCGAACAAUACAAUCUGAAAACCCUUGGAGCGUACAACGGAACUGCAGUGAAUUCUCUGGCACAUCACAAGAAUAUGAAAUUCUCGACGUAUGAUCGUGAUAAUGACAUACAUAAGCACAAUUGUGCUGAAUUAUAUAAGGGUGCCUGGUGGUACAAUGCCUGCUAUCACUCCAAUUUGAACGGGCCAUACAAGAAUAUAGUAGCUUAUUCAUCGAUGAACUGGUACCACUUCAGCAAUUCCUAUGAAGGACUGAGCUUUUCAAGAAUGAUGAUCCGACCAAAAUGA